ACGAUCCAUUCCUGAAAUGUAUGAUAUAUUAAUCUCCAGACAAGAGUAUCAGGCUGCUCUCAUGUUUGCAGAUCAGCAUGGGCUAGACAAAGACGAAGCUCUUAAGUCACACUGGUUGCACUCAUCCCAGGGUGUAAAUGAGAUAAAGGCACUACUUUCAAAUAUCAAGGACCAUGUUUUCGUACUUUCUGAAUGUGUUGGUCGAUUUGGACCUACUGAAGACGCAGUAAGGGCAUUGCUCGAUCUUGGACUUAGCAUAACUGACCGUUACAGAUUUUCUGAGCCUGAGGUUGAUGAUCAUAGUAAGGUUUGGGAUUGUCUUGUGGCAAGACUUAUGUUGUUGCAAUACAGAGAGCGGCUAGAGACAUUUCUUGGGAUAAAUAUGGGCAGGUUUUCUUUACAGGAGUUCAAGAAAUCUUGAUAUUUGACAUAGUUCGUUAAUUUGAU